CGGGGGACGCGCGCGCUCGGGGCUGAAGGGCAUUAGGACCGUGAGGAUCGCUCGGCGCUCCUGUCUCUCCCUAUCACCCCCACCCCCCCACCUCGCUCCUUUUUCUGCUCUGCAGGACUGAGCAGCCAGGCGCGAGCGCAAACAAACAGCUGGGGCUGCGAGCGCCCCCGCCCCGGCCCGGAGAGCAGCCGGCCCGGCCCCCAGCCGGGGCGCCCGUCCGCCCACCAUGAGGAAAAUCCGCGCCAAUGCUAUCGCCAUCCUGACCGUAGCCUGGAUCCUGGGCACUUUCUACUACUUAUGGCAGGACAACCGAGCCCACGCAGCAUCCUCCGGCGGCCGGGGCGCGCCGCGGGCCGGCGGGAGGCCGGAGCAGCUCCGCGAGGACCGCACCAUCCCGCUCAUUGUGACAGGGACGCCCUCCAAGGGCUUCGAUGAGAAGGCCUACCUGUCGGCCAAGCAGCUGAAGCCGGGAGAGGACCCCUACAGGCAGCACGCCUUCAACCAGCUGGAGAGCGACAAGCUGAGCCCAGACCGGCCCAUCCGCGACACCCGCCAUUACAGCUGCCCGUCUGUGUCCUACUCCUUGGACCUGCCGGCCACCAGCGUCAUCAUCACCUUCCACAAUGAGGCCCGCUCCACCCUCCUGCGCACGGUGAAGAGUGUCCUGAACCGAACUCCUGCCAGCUUGAUCCAGGAGAUCAUUCUAGUGGAUGACUUCAGUUCGGAUCCUGAAGACUGCCUGCUCCUGACCAGGAUCCCCAAAGUCAAGUGCCUGCGCAACGACCGGCGGGAAGGGCUGAUCCGGUCCCGAGUUCGCGGGGCAGAUGUGGCCACAGCUGCCAUCCUCACCUUUCUGGACAGCCACUGCGAAGUGAACACCGAGUGGCUGCAGCCCAUGCUGCAGCGGGUGAAGGAGGACCACACCCGUGUGGUGAGCCCCAUCAUCGACGUCAUCAGCCUGGACAAUUUCGCCUACCUCGCGGCAUCUGCUGACCUUCGUGGAGGAUUUGACUGGAGCCUGCACUUCAAAUGGGAGCAGAUCCCCCUGGAGCAGAAGAUAACCCGCACAGACCCGACCAGGCCCAUCAGGACGCCGGUCAUAGCUGGAGGAAUCUUUGUCAUUGACAAGGCCUGGUUUAACCACCUGGGAAAGUAUGAUGCCCAGAUGGACAUCUGGGGCGGAGAGAAUUUUGAGCUCUCCUUCAGGGUGUGGAUGUGCGGUGGGAGCUUGGAGAUCAUCCCGUGCAGCCGCGUGGGCCACGUCUUCAGGAAGCGGCACCCCUACAACUUCCCCGAGGGCAAUGCCCUGACCUACAUCAGGAACACCAAGCGCACGGCAGAGGUGUGGAUGGACGAGUACAAGCAGUAUUACUACGAGGCCCGGCCCUCCGCCAUCGGGAAGGCCUUCGGCAGUGUGGCCACACGGAUCGAGCAGAGGAAGAAGAUGAACUGCAAGUCCUUCCGCUGGUACCUGGAGAACGUCUACCCCGAGCUCACUGUCCCCGUGAAGGAGGUGCUCCCAGGCAUCAUUAAACAAGGGGUCAAUUGCUUAGAAUCCCAGGGCCAGAACACAGCCGGUGACUUCCUGCUCGGAAUGGGGAUCUGCAGGGGGUCUGCCAAGAGCCCCCCUCCAGCCCAGGCCUGGCUGUUCACUGACCACCUCAUCCAGCAGCAGGGGAAGUGCCUGGCUGCCACCUCCACCUUAAUGUCCUCGCCUGGAUCCCCAGUCACACUGCAGGUGUGCAACCCCAGAGAAGGCAAGCAGAAAUGGAGGCGAAAAGGCACUUUCAUCCAGCACUCGGUCAGCGGCCUCUGCCUGGAGACCAAGCCCGGCCAGCUGGUGACCAGCAAGUGUCAGGCCGACGCCCAGGCCCAGCAGUGGCAGCUGCUGCCGCACACCUGACGGUAGCCCCGGGGCCUCUUGUGCAUGAGACUCUGGGGCUGGACGGGGGUUAGGGUGGGGAAGUGUCCAGGGCCGUUUCCAUCUCCUCACAUCUCUGCAGGAACCAUCAGCAACCAUCCCUGCCACGACACACGUUUCUCCAAAACUUGAUCCGGGGUGGCUGCAGGGGGCGCACCCCAAGCCCCCUGUGCUGUCCCGCCCUCGCCCCAGGACAGGAGAUGGUCGGGGUGCUGGACUGUGGCUGGGCAGGUGCCUGGCCCUUUAUCCUCUCCUUUGAGCCUUCUGGAAGCCUGGACAGUGGUGUGUGGGUGGGCCCCCUCCUCGCUGCCUGGGGAGCACAAGGACAGAAGCUCACGCAGGGGCCCAGGAGGGUCUUGGAGCCUGCCUGUGGGGACAGAUGUGAUAGAAGAAGUCGGGCAUCGGUGGGCAGGCUGGAGGCUGGGAGGAGUAGGGGAGAGGGGAGGGGCUGCCUGCGGGCUGGCCAAGAACAGGGAGGAGGUGAAACGCUCAGACCAAAUCCAGAGCUGUGCUUGCUGGACUGGGCGCGGGAGGGAAGGGGUCCUGGGACAAGGGAUGGGCAAUUUGCUAAAGGACAUGGACGGAGGAAUAGCCAAGCACCAAGAGAACACAGUAUCUUCUCCGGGACACACUGGCAGGCUUGGGGCCAGAGCCCAACACGGUGCCUCCUGUCCUGAUCCUGGGGGUGCCCACGUGCUUAGCCAGAAACCGCCGAGGGAUCUUUAGGGACGGACUUGAGCUGUCGUUUAUAAAACAGAUUCCGCUUCUGCUUGGCCCUGUGUCAGGCUGAGACCUCUCUCUCUUGGACCUGGCUGACCAGCUGGUGCCCUGUGCCCCUGUGCCCCUGGGUAGAUGGACAGCCACCACGCACCCCAGAGCGGCCCCACCCUCAUCAUAGCCUCAGAUCCCUGCUUUCUCAGAGGAAUUUGCCUCUGUAAUCCAGCACCGUGGGUCAGGGUGGCCGGUGAGGAGGGGGCAUCCUUUCUGGACCGUGGACAAAUGCGUGUGUCGCUGGGGGCUGCGUCACCCAGGCUAAACCUCCUUCUUCCCUUCCCCACGACAGGAAGGAUUCUGAUGAGGGGUGAGCCACUGCAGCGGGCUGGGAGGCCAGCUGGGGGCUCCUGGUUGGGUAGCGAACUCCCAGUUCCUUGUGCCAGCCACUGAGAACACAUCUACCCCGUCUGCCCCACAGCCUUAUAGGGAACCCCUUCUGCCAUGCCCCUCGCCCCACCCACUGGCUCAAGCAGUGGGAUUUUGGGUAAGAGACUGUUGGUAUCAGGACCCCUGGGGGGUCUCCCUCCCAAGGCACAUCAGCCUGGGGAAGACACAGGUAUCCCAGGAGCCCCUGAUCUUUCAGGGAGCCACACACUCAUCAGAAGCUCAUGGAUUCCAGAAGGUGUGGGAAUCUUCCAGAAAUGAUCCCGUUUAUUGUACGUGUGUGCACAUAUGCAUUUUCCUGGGGGGAGGGUCUGUGGGUUUCCCCAGCGGGUCUGAAGCUCUGCUCUGGAUUGGAGCUGCUGCCCCCCGGUCUCCCUCCCUGGUGUGCCCCAGCUGCCAUCGUCCUGCACACUCCACGCAGCCCUUGGGGUCUGGAGCCGUGGUCUGCAGCGCCCACUCUGGAGGGUUCUCUGGCGGUUUCCUCUCACCUCCUGUCUCUCACCGGCAUCCUCUGCCGCGCUCCUGUGCUCCCUUGCGCAGGACCCCUGGACUCAGGCCCAGGGCCCUUUGUCCCCAUGGCCACACUUCUCCGUCCUCUCGCCCGAUGUUUCAACUGCCACCAUCGGGGGGCGCCUCGGGUCCCCUGUUCCUCUGGGAAGCCUCUUGCUGCUGCCUAGGACAGAGCUGGGGCCUGGGAGGCCUCUCCCUGGAGGCUGGGCCAGGCUUGGGCUGGUGAGCAGGAGCUUCUCUGGUUGAAUGUAAGAGGACUGCUGCUCAGAGGGUCUCCCCUCACCUCCUGUGGUCCAGCCAGGCUCUGCCCCCAUCCGCCGUCCUUUGUGGGGACUCAGCCCCGUUCUGUUUUGCUUUUCCUCUUGACCAAAGCAUGUGCCACUAGCUGUCCUUGAGGACUUCAUCUUUAUGAAACACACCUGGAAUAAAACCACUUCUUACAGGUUCACGUGCACCUGCGCCUUCCUUUCCAU